GGUUCGUCAUUCAGCCGCCCCGGGCCUGGCACCGCCGCCGGCCUCUCCCGGCCCGCCCCCUCCCGCCCUCUCUCGCGGUGCCGCUGGCCGGCGCGAGCGGCGACCGCGCUCCCGCCCCGGCUCCUCGGCGGGCGCCGGUUGCCCUCCCCGCCCCUUCCUUUUCCCCCCCUUCCCCCCCCUUCCCCCCCGCCCCGGCCCCCUCUCCCGCCGGCCGGGCCCCGGAGCGCCACCGCCGCCGUCGGGCUGUGAGCGGGGCCCGGCGCCGUGCCGGGCCGUCCCCUCGCCGGCGGGGCCAUGGCCGCCAGCGCCAAGCGGAAGCAGGAGGAGAAGCACCUGAAGCUGCUGCGGGAGAUGAGCAGCCUCCCGCCCAACCGCAAGUGCUUCGACUGCGACCAGCGCGGCCCCACCUACACCGACAUGACGGUGGGCAGCUUCGUGUGCACCUCCUGCUCCGGCAUCCUACGGGGCUUGAAUCCACCCCACAGAGUGAAGUCAAUUUCAAUGACUACUUUCACACAACAGGAAAUAGAGUUUCUGCAGAAACAUGGAAAUGAAGUGUGCAAACAGAUUUGGCUAGGCCUGUUUGACGAUAGAUCAUCAGCAAUUCCAGACUUCAGGGAUCCACAGAAAGUAAAGGAAUUUCUACAGGAAAAAUAUGAGAAGAAAAGAUGGUAUGUUCCUCCAGAGCAAGCAAAGGUGGUGGCAUCAGUCCAUGCGUCCAUAUCGGGGUCUUCUGCUAGUAGUACAAGCAGCACACCUGAGGUGAAGCCACUCAAAUCCCUCUUGGGAGAAGCUGCACCCACACUGCACUUAAACAAGGGCACACCUAGCCAAUCUCCUGUUGUAGUUCGAUCUCAAGGACAGCAGCAACAAGAAAAGAAACAAUUUGACCUCCUCAGUGACCUUGGCUCAGAUAUCUUUGCUGCUGCUCCGCCUCAGUCAACUGCUACAGCAAAUUUUGCUAAUUUUGCACACUUCAACAGUCAUACAGCGCAGAACUCUGCAAAUGCAGGUUUUGCAAACUUUGAUGCAUUUGGACAGUCUAGUGGCUCGAGUAAUUCUGGAGGUUUCCCCACAGCAAGUCAGUCUUAUUUUCAGCCCCAAAAUACAGCGUUCAGAACGCUUUCAUCUAGCUGCAGUUUUGGUGAAUUUACUUCAGCUUUUCCUCUCCAGGCUGUACACAGUGGAAGCGCUGGAUCGGUGAACGCUAACUUUGCUCACUUUGAAAACUUCCCCAAAUCCUCCAGUGCUGAUUUUGGAGCCUUCAAUGCUUCUCAGAGCAACACAACAGCAACUGCAGCCAGUAAAGCUGCAGUGAAUAAACCGAACCUCCAGUCAGCUGAUAAAUAUGCAGCUCUUGCUAAUUUAGAUAAUAUCUUCAGUGCAGGGCAAGGUGGUAGUGAGCAAGGAAGUGGCUUCAGUACAGUGGUGUCAGCAUCAGCAGGUCCUGCACUAUCAGCCCCAAAUCAGUCAAGUGCGUCUUCAGACAAGUAUGCAGCUCUAGCAGAAUUAGACAGUGUGUUCAGCUCCACAGCAACCUCUAGUAACGCAUAUACGUCCACCAGUAACGUUAGCAGCAAUGCUUUUGGAACAGUACCCGUGGCUGCUACUGCACAGACACAGCCUGCAUCUUCAAGUGUGCCUGCUCCGUUUGGAGCAACACCUUCCACAAAUCCAUUUGUAGCUGCCCCUGUUGCCCCAGUGGCACCUUCAACAAAUCCAUUCCAGACCAAUAGCCGAGGAGCAACAGCAACAUUUGGUACUGCGUCCAUGAGCAUGCCUGCAGGAUUUGGAACUCCUGCCUCCUACAGUCUUCCUACUAGUUUUAGUGGCAACUUCCAGCAGCCCACGUUCCCGACCCAGGCAGCUUUCCCUCAACAGACUGCUUUUGCUCAGCAGCCAAAUGGAGCAGGUUUUGCUGCAUUUGGACAGGCAAAGCCUGUAGUAACUCCUUUUGGACAAGUUGCAGCUGUUGGAGUAUCUAGUAACCCUUUUAUGGCUGGUGCACCAACAGGACAAUUUCCAACGGGAAGCUCAUCAACCAAUCCUUUCUUAUAGCCUUAUAGACACUUUACCCAAAAGAACUCUUAUGUGGUCACAUAACAUCUCUGCGCCUCUUGCACUGUUGUCUUGUUUCACUGAUAUUAGCUUUAAACACAAAAGAAGUCUUUAAGAAGUAAAAAUAAAAGCCUGCAUUGUGUACCUUUAAAAAAUUAAAAAAACCAAACAAA